AUGUAAGAAGUUUACACAUAUUAAGUAUGACCUAUAUUAAAAUUGUUUAGAUUCUUAAAAAAUGCAAUGGCAAGGCAGUCAUAUAGAUAGAUGAAGAAUUAUUGGGUGUUAUCAAUGCUCAUUUGACAAUGAAACCACUGCAAAAACAAAGAGAAGUGCCUUAUACACUUAAGAAAUUACACAAUUUUUAAAGACGAAUAGUGCCAUUUUUCAUGAAUCAAUUCAUGCAUUGGUCAGAAGAAAUGGGAUACAAAUAAGUUGAUGGGUAUCUGAGAGCCAUUCAUAAGAAGAAAACUUCAAAGUAAUAAAAGUUUGAGUUGGGAGAUCUUAAGAAGUUAUUUGGUGUUAUAAAUCCAAGAACCAAGAUCAUUUAGAUAGAAACUCAAAAUAAAUGGAUUGAUUUCUUGAGUACUUAGGCUGAUAUAUGUGUACUUCUUAAUAAUAAGAUCAAAGAUUAAUCAACGAAAUAAUUGUAUAUACAAGCAAUUCAAAAUUUGAAGGAUGAAUUAAAAAAAGAACUACCUUAUGAUAAAUUCUUAAGUAUUCCUAAGAAGGAAGAAUCGGUUGAGUCUAUAUUGGAAGAAUCAAAGGAAUAAAUAAUAAAUGAAGAAUUUUCAAGUGGAGAGGUAGAUGAAUAUUCUCCAACUGAUAAAGUAGAUCCUUAUUCUUAUUUGAGUUGCGCAUAUAGCAAUUUUGAUUGA